UUCCGGUUGCUGAUGUAAGAGGUGGAAACCGGGUGUUCCGGACACACUAAAGGCCGGAGCGGGUGACUGGAGCGCAGAACGGCGUAAGGGAGCAGGUGGUACGGACAGAAGAGCCUUAUUACACAGCUGCAAUGUCCGGAGACGAGAUGAUUUUCGACCCGACCAUGAGCAAAAAGAAAAAGAAGAAGAAGAAGCCUUUUAUGCUGGAUGAAGAUGGAGCAGAGCCACAGGCAGAAGAGAUGCAGGUCCCGGAGACUAAAGAAGUGGAACCAGAACCACCAGAAGAUAAGGAUUUGGAUGCUGAUGACGAGACCUUUAAAAAGAGAGCUGACGCUCCUGAUGACCUAGAUGACCUAAAUUUCUUGAACCAGAAAAAGAAAAAGAAGAAAGCAAAAAAGUUUGACUUGGAGGAAACAGAGGAAGGGGUUAAGAACCUUAAAAUUGAGGGAGAGCUUCAGGAGGCCUCUGAAUCCCAGGAGGAUGAUUUGGAUUUCAUGCUGAGCAAGAAGAAGAAAAAAAAGAAUGUGAAAUUCCCAGAAGAGGAAGAUCCCCUGGACAAAGAAGAAGGUUUCGAAGAAGAAGACGACAAUAAGAAAGAUGAUGGAAUCUCCUUCAUCUCUCAGCUGGGUCCUGCGUGGGCUGGCUCAGAAAGGGACUAUACCUAUGAUGAGCUGCUAAACAGAGUUUUUAACAUCAUGCGAGAGAAGAAUCCAGACAUGGUGGCUGGGGAGAAGAGAAAGUUUGUUAUGAAGCCUCCUCAGGUUGUCCGAGUAGGGACAAAGAAAACAUCGUUUGUCAACUUCACUGAUAUCUGCAAACUGUUACAUCGUCAGCCGAAACACUUGCUGGCCUUCUUGUUAGCUGAAUUGGGGACAUGUGGCUCUAUAGAUGGUAACAACCAGUUAGUCAUCAAAGGCAGAUUCCAGCAGAAGCAAAUAGAGAACGUUCUAAGAAGAUAUAUCAAGGAAUACGUGACUUGUCACACCUGCCGAUCGCCAGACACCAUCUUGCAGAAGGACACGCGAUUAUAUUUCCUGCAGUGUGAAACGUGUCACUCGCGCUGUUCCGUGGCCAGCAUCAAAACUGGAUUCCAGGCAGUCACAGGCAAGAGAGCACAGCUCCGUGCCAAAGCCAACUAACUGCCUUGAAAAGCGUUUGGGAGUUUGCCAGCUUUGGUGCAAGGAUAUAUUGCAGGGACUUGGGGGCGCAGUACCCUGGCUUUAUAAGGAAUGCUGUGAGAAGAGGCCUCAAACAUAUUGGCUCAUUUUCUUUCUUUCUUUUUUUUUUUUUUAAAUCUUUGCUCGCGCAGAGAGAUUCUAAAGCAGACAAUGGAGCCGAUUAUUCUAUUCACAUAUUUGCUCUCGGAAAAUUAUUUUUCCAGCUGCCUGAGGGGAAAGUGGGAAGGUGGUGUAUGCAUUUUUAACCAAACGUCUGUAAAAUGCAAAAAUACAUUAAAGUUAUUACAUGAUUCACAGAA